AUGUUCAGUUAUUUUGCAGUGCCCCCCCUGGGCUCCGCUGGGUCCUGGCAAACACAUGUGACAACGGUUCAGCAUAACUCUUAUCCGCCCCCAUCUCUCCCGCCCUCCCAACUCACUCAUAAAGUGUGGAUACUGGACUGUAAAUCUUGUGGCACAUUUCUCACCAAUCGCGGUAUGAAGGCGAAGGCAGCUGUUUUGCUGCUAAGACCUAAUGUCUCUCUUUUUUCGACCGAUGCACUUCCAAUAAAUUGUUCUGCAUACACAACAAAUCCGGACGCUCUUCGCCCACCGCCAUGCCGUCCGUCAGCCGUUGCUUCCCCCCCUCGGACGUGCGAAUGCCUGACUCAGACUCUCUGCUGUCAUACUUGUGGUACAGCCGUCGGCUAUAUGAUCGUGAUUCCAUGUUCUCGGUGUACGUCGUCAAUCACCGCGAAUAAUCGCGCAACCAAUGGUCAUCGCUUCGUCUUCCAUUCUAGCGAAAUAACUGCAUCAGAGCGAUAUCAUAUUCUUGACGAACCAGGGGUUAUCCCAGUAGAAUUCACAGCACCUAUUUCUCCUCCUCCUUUGACGUCCGCUUAUUCUGCGCUGUCUCCCGUUGAUGGUCCCGCUGGUUAUCGGCGGACUGUACACCCGUUCCCUUCCCAGACUACCCCUUCGCCUACCUUGUCUCAUUCGUCUUCCGAAUCUAUUCCCACACUUAUCUCAGAGUACGGGGACCUGACCUCAACGCCACACCCAUCCUCGCCUGAUCCAUACUUCUUCACAACAUCAGCUUCUCCUCGCCGCUCACCACGUCCUCUCCCUCAAUCUCCGUUCCCUCAUACAUCAGCCUCACAACCGAUGCAGUCUUCAUCACAACAAGGCACCCGGGAGUCCGCGCCCGAGUCAAGUGGAGUGCCUGUUGAAUUCCAAGACCCACCUGUUCGGAGGCUGAAGGCGGGGGAUGGGCUCUAUUGGCAUCACCUCGCAAAGAAUGGCGAGAUUCCGGGGGUACAAGAAGAUCCACGCGCCAGGAUAUCGAAGAAGAAGAGUGGACCUAGAUUCUCGGACCGCUGA